GGGUUGUCUCCUUUAUCGGCUCACGUUUUCCGCUUUCGCCGCAGCUCGGCGCAUUUCCUUCCACACAGCUAGAGAGAAAGAGAGAGAGACGACGCCUCCGAAGGCCUACUAGCGCCGCGCGACGGGACGGAACGAAAAGGAAAACGGCACGGUCUCCUCCGCCGUCGAUCGCAUCCGUCUCCUCUGGCGGGCUCUUCUCGCCCUCUAAGGCUUCACGAAUCCUCUUCCGUUCUUCCAAAGAUCCGGUUUUGCUCCACCGACACGGGAACGAACCCUAGAAAAAUUCUUGUGGAUGCCCGUUUUCGGACGGGAUUUGGAUCUUUGAACCGAAAAAAACCCGAGAAAUUUUAGCAGGUAGCUCCGAGGAAGGCCUUUGGAUCAAAGAGGGCUUUCUAGGACUGGUGUCCGUAGUUUUUUUCUCGUGGUUUUUGGGGCGUCGAUGCCCUUUGUGAGUGGCGUAUUUGAUGCCUCCGGAACCGGUGCCUUGGGAUCGCAAGGACUUCGUGUUCAAGGACAGGAAGCACGAGAGAGGGGCGGGCUCCGAUGCGCUAGGCGGCGGCUCCUCGUCCUCUACCACUCGGUGGAGGGAGCCGUACCACGGGCCUCGUGACUUCCCUCGCGCUUCCCCUCGUCGGCCUCCACCAGGUCAGUACCGGCAGGGCGGCGGUUACCAUCAACUUUAUCCCGAGAAUCCGGGCGCCCAUGGGUGCACCCCUUCUCGCUCAGAUAGAUUUUGGUUGGAAGAUGAGGGCUUCAGGCCUUCUUCUGGAAGAUAUGGUGGUGGCGGCGGCCGGAGCAGCAGUGGAGGCAGCAGGGAGAGCCGGGGAUCUUUCCGGCGGUCCCCUUAUUGGGAUUCCGGCGACUUCUCUCGGCAGCAGCAUCACGACCCCCCUGUGACCGCUCAGAGGUCAGUCGCAGUUCCGAUCUCCCCCGCAUCUCAACCUCCCUUAAAAGAUCAGAAUGAUAAGACCGGUGGUGCUGUCGAUGAUGGCUCGGGCACAGGCCACAGAUUCGAUCGGGACCAUUCGUUGGGUGCGAUGUCGUGGAAGCCCCUCAAGUGGAGCCGUGCCGGUAGCCUUUCCUCCACGAAGACUGGUAGAUCUGAGUCGGAGGAGACCGGUCUUGAGGUGUUGGUUCCUACUGGGAAGGAGACUCCGAUCCGAUCUCCAGUAACGUCUCCUGUGCCUUCUGAUGAGGGUGCUUCUAAAAAGAAGCCGCGUCUUGGGUGGGGCCAGGGGUUGGCAAAGUAUGAGAAGCAGAAGGUGGAAGGAUCUCUAGAUGUUUCUGGGACUGCUGCCAAGGGAGCUCUUAAUGAAACAAGCCCGAAAGUUGUGGGUCUUGCCGGAUGCCCCUCUCCCGCAACUCCAGGAUCAGUUACUUGCAGUUCAUCUCCAGCAGGCAUAGAGGAGAAGCCUUGCAGCAAGGUAGUGAAUGGUGAUAAUGAUACAAGUCAUUAUGGGGUUUCACCUGAGGAAUUCUCAAAUAAGUUAGGUCAUAUGGAGGGUAAUCCUAUUAACAUGCUGACAACCCUGCUUGCUGAUUUGUGGCAACCUGAUGAUGCUUUUGCUGGGGAUUGCACUUUCUCAAGACAAACUGCUAUGAAUAAGUUGCUGUUAUUAAAAGAAGAUAUUUCUAAGGAAUUGGAGAAAACUGAAUGGGAAAUUGAUUUGUUUGAAAAUGAGCUCAAGUCCCUCAAUACUGAUCCAGAAAAUGAUCCUCGUCAAAGUUCUGUUACAUCGCCAGCUAAUAUUGCACCAGAACUUUGUAUAGCAUCAUCUAAUGUUGCAUCAAAAGAUUCUAAUCCUUCAAAGGAUCAUGAAUUUACUUCCUCAGCAGUAACAUUAGUAGAGAAUGAUGCCCUACCUACCAUUGCCUUAAAUGAACAUGAUGCUGAACUUAAAGGUGUAGAUGUGGAUAGCCUACAGGCUGUGUUAUCGAGAUUUAACAAUUCAGCAUCCUCCAGAAAGGGAGUUUGUGAUCAUGAGACUGAAAAAUUGGCUGAAUGCUCCAAGAUUGUUGAGAAUGACAGGUUCAAGGUCCCAGAAAUCCAACAUUUUGUAUUAUCAGAUGAUGUGGAAAGAACUGCAACUGUAUGCGAUCUUGGAGAUGGGAGUCGUGGAGAGGCAGGAAGUAGCAAUGAUAAUGGUAACUCUGAAGCAAGCUUACAUGGAAAGACAGACUGUAAUUUAAUAACCUUAAUUAUGGCUUCUAACAGGGAUGCUGCAAAAAAAGCUUCACAGGUAUUUCAUAAGGCAUGGCCGACUAGUCCACCUCAGUUAGAUGUUUGGGGAUCAGAUAAACUUUUGUCGCACAGGCAAAAUGAUCACAGAAUCAAAGAAAAGCUUGCUAUUCACAAGCGCUUGCUGAAAUUCAAAGAGCGUGUUCUUACUCUUAAAUUCAGGGCGCUCCACCAUUUGUGGAAGGAGGAUCUGCGAUUGCUUUCUAUAAGAAAACUUCGUACAAAGUCAAGUAGGCGUUUUGAAUUAAGUAGUCGUGCAUCACAGGGUGGUUCUCAAAAGCAACGUUGUUCUAUCCGAUCCCGUUUUGCAUUGCCUGCAGGUAAUUUAACUCUCGUUCCAACCACAGAAAUAGUAGAAUUUACAAGCAAGUUGCUGUCAGAUUCCCAAAUCAAGCUUUACAGGAAUAAUCUGAAGAUGCCAUCUCUAAUUUUGGAUGAGAAGGAGAGGAAGCAAACAAAGUUUAAAACACAUAAUGGAUUAAUAGAAGAUCCAAAUUCCUUUGAGAAGGAAAGAGCGAUGAUAAACCCAUGGACGCAAGGAGAAAAAGAAGUCUUCAUGGAGAUGCUUGCCACAUUUGGUAAAGAUUUUACAAAGAUUUCUUCUUUUCUUAACCACAAAACAACAGCAGACUGCAUUGAGUUUUAUUACAAGAACCAUAAGUCUGAAAGUUUCAGAGAAGUUAAGAAACGGCUAAAUCUUAAAAAGCAGUGGCAACGCUUACCCACCAGCAGUUAUCUUGGAACAUCAGGAAAGAAGUGGAAUCGCGAGGUAAAUGCUGCUUCGCUAGAUAUGUUGGGGGCUGCGUCAGUGGUAGCCGCACACAGCAAUGGUAAUGUAAUGAGCCAACAAAGGUAUGCUGGACAUGGAGCCCAUCAUGGCUUGAAAGUGUCUUGUGGGAGUUAUGGAUCAUUGGACAAGGUUAGAUGUGUUGAAAUACCGGGGCAUGAGAGAGAAACUGUAGCUGCUGAUGUCUUGGCGGGCAUAUGUGGUGCUCUAGAGGCAAUGAGCUCUUGUGUUACCAGUGCUGUUGACCCUGUUGAGAAGAUGAACUACACGGCAAAGGAGCGGCCCUUGACUCCAGAAGUUACUCAGAACUUUGAUGAGGACGACACUUGUUCGGAUGAAGGCUGUGGUGAAUUGGACUCAGGUGAUUGGACUGAUGAGGAGAAGUCCAUGUUUAUUCGAGCUUUGAGCAUGUAUGGCAAAGAUUUUGCCAUGAUCUCACGGUGUGUGGGGACAAGAUCGAGGGAGCAGUGCAAGAUCUUCUUUAGCAAAGCUAGAAAAUGCCUUGGUCUGGAUGUGAUCUAUCAAGGAACUGGCAAUGGGGGAAUGCCAAUGAAUGAUACAAAUGGAGGAAGGAGUGAUACUGAUGAUGCUUAUGCUGCUGAGAUGGAUUCAGCAAUUUGCAGUACACAGUCUUGUUCCAAAAUGGAUACUGAUGUAUCUCAGUCUGUGGCCAACAUUAGCAGUGAAGGGUUUGUUCAUGCAGCAAGCACCCCCCUGCAGGCUGAAACUGAUAAAUCAAGUGAACAGGAUGUGGUGGGAGGAAUAAAUUUGGAGGAAGAUGAAGGGAAGGUUGAUAAGCAGGCAUCUGUUCUUCAUGAUAAUAAGCUGGCGAGUGAAGUGGGCAAUCCUCAAGCUAUGCAGGAUGCUGAUGCUGCAUUAAGAUGUAAUGCAUCUGUACAGCAUGAAGCUGUAGUGAGUGUUGAUGCAGAAAUGAAGAUGGAGGGAAGGAGUCCUAUUGUUUCACCAGUUGAACCUUUCUUGAUGGUAUGUAUGGAAGUUGAGUCCAAAUCACACGUUGAUGAUGUGGUCGAGCAAAAAGAUACUGGAGGAUCGGCUGAUGUGUCGAAAAAGGAAGUGGAUGUUUCAUUACUGGUGCCUGAGACUGGGUCAAGGAAUAGACAGCAGUCGGUAGACUUAGGUGCAACUAACAGUGGCACAAUUUGCUCUGUAAGUGAUUCCGAGGCAGAUGCAAAUGCUUUGCACCCAGGAAGUAAAGAUGAUGUUUGCCCCAGAUCGACAUUUGCCCCCAUCUACCACCAUCAGAUACAACUGGAUUUACUCCCAUGUCUACAGAAUAAACCUCAGGGCUUCUCAUUGAAGCAGGAGAAUCCCCAUUCUGUACCAUUGAACUCAUUGUUGCCUGAUCCAUCUUCUGCUUGCUUUGAGGGCCCCCGUCUUGUAGCUUCCCAGGCUACUUCGAAUUUUGAGGAGCAGGGGAACAAGCGACAUCAGAAUCCUGUAGCCAGAGAGCUGUACCAGGUUGAUCAGCCCUUGCAUAUGAUGAGAAAUCCAUCACUGAAUCAGGUCGAUCAGCCCUUGCAUAUUCUCAGAGGUUAUCCGCUGCAGGUGUUAAAUCCUGUCGAGAAAGAAGCAGAUCCUCUGAUCGGCGAGAAUGCAGUUUUCAUGGAAAGCCACCCCAAGAGAAAUGGGGUUUCCCAAUCGAAUCAGUUCUUUACAUCAGAGAUGUAUGGCGACCAUUGCAAUGGUUCAAACCUUUCCCAUUUGACGCCAGGGGUACUAUUUCCCCCAAGGAAUGAGGCCCAACCAGAAGCUCAGCUAAAACAUUGCUCUCAGAAUUCUUGCUCUGAGCCUGAGGAGCAGGCACACCCAACUGGGGAUGUCAAACUGUUUGGGAAAAUUAUCUGCCAUCCGUCGUCCUCACAAAAAUCGAAUUCUUCUUCACAUGACUGCAACAGCAAGCCCUCCUCGCCGAAAAUGAACAGGUCUUCGAAUUUGAAAUCAUCAAAUGGUGGAAGAGCUGGUGCACUGUUUGCAUCUAGGCCUGGAAGUAGUGGCCACGGGGGUCUGGGGGAACUGCCGCUAAGAAGUUAUGGCUUCUGGGAUGGGAAUAGAAUACAGGCUGGGUUCUCAUCCUUGCCAGACUCUGCUGUUAUGCUGGCAAAAUAUCAAGGAUCACUGGCAGGAAUGUCAUUUUACUCAGCCAAAGAGAGUGUUCCCAGCCGCAAUAGGAUUUUGACGGACUAUCAGCAGUCUUAUAUGCAGCACCUGUCAUCGGACGAGAAGCGGCUUCAGAGCUUCUGUGAGCUGCAGAAGAGGAAUGGGAUUGAGACGGUUUCAGGGUUCCAGCAGCAAGGGAGGGUUGCAAGGUUAGGAUCCAACAUGGUGGGGGGAGGAAUACUCGGCAGCGGCAGCGGCGGUGGUGGCGGCAGUGGUGGUGGAGGGGUGUCAGAUCCUGUGGCUGCCUUAAAAAUGCAUUAUGCCGCAAGGGCCAAGGUGCUUAGCGGUGAAUUAGAGUCAUGGAGGGGAGAUAUUGGUGGGAGAUAGUAUACGCUUAUUUGAAUAGGAAAAUAGGGGUGGGUGAUUGCUGGCAGUAGAAAGGGUCGCCGAGAAAAUGGUGGUUUCGGAAGGAGGCGUGGUCUUGACGCCCUACUGUAUCAUAUUUACUUUUUGUAACUUGAAUGAAAUCAAACAGGGGGGAGUGAAUGGCUUUCCUGUUCAUAUUCUCUAGUCUUUCAUGUAGUUGCCUUCCAUUCUUUUGACUUCCCUCUGGGUGCCCGGGAUUUUAGUUCAGAUGGGCCUUUCUUACUUCAUCAUUUUGUCUUAAUAUCCUUUA